GCAAAUCUAGCAGCAAACAUGAGCGGACGAGGAAAAGGAGGAAAGGGUCUCGGUAAAGGAGGCGCUAAGCGUCACCGUAAAGUCCUCCGUGACAACAUCCAGGGAAUCACCAAACCCGCCAUCCGCCGUCUGGCUCGCCGCGGUGGGGUGAAGCGUAUCUCCGGUCUGAUCUACGAGGAGACCCGCGGUGUGCUGAAGGUGUUCCUGGAGAACGUGAUCCGUGAUGCCGUCACCUACACCGAGCACGCAAAGAGGAAGACGGUGACCGCCAUGGAUGUGGUGUACGCGCUCAAGAGACAGGGACGCACCCUGUACGGAUUCGGGGGUUAAACCAACUAACCGUUUCAACCAAACAACGGCCCUUUUCAGGGCCACCCACCUGAUCUGAGAGCAAAUUACCGACAUUUA